AUGGCUGAGGAAGUUCAUGUUUACAGUGCUCUGGUCACUUCCAGUCCGGAGGCCUACUUUCCCGCCGGCUACACCGUUCCAUUGACCAGCUCGUGCCAGGCUACCGGCUUCGGCGUAAACGUCGGCCUCGGUCUCUCCUACUCGGGCUAUCACCAACUGGCUACAUGCCUGGAGUCGACAGCAAUCUCAACGGCAUCUACAGCCGCAGUCCCAGCCGCGCCCUGUUGCCCUUCACUCGCUGGUCCACUUCGUGCGAUUCGGCCGGUGGCUGGUCUUAAGAGUCAGUCUUCCGGCUUCGAGGACGACCGAGUCUUGGCGGCGACAGCGAGGCCAGUCCGACGCUCCUCCGUCAGGCCUCUGCGAGAAAACACCACCGCGACGUUAGCGAUAUCGGCGACCUCGGCGACAGGCCGGCCUGUCACGCCCAACUAUCUGGAAAGCCGACUCAGCCCCUGCAACCGUAGCACAAGCAUCAGCACCAGCACCAGCAUCGGCAUUAGCACCAGCGCCAGCAGCAGCAGCAGCAGCAGUGACCAAACCACGUCUGGCGUGGAAGACGCCGCUCUGCUGCUGUUAGAGGCGGCAGCCUGGUCGGGCCGUAGGGCUGCCGUCUCGACAGACCGGUCCUCAAUUCACCAGUCGAAUGGCCUCACACAUGCACCCGUCCACUUAUUGGGACAGCAGGCGAUCUGGGAUCACGGUCCGGAGCUGGAGCGCAACCGCGAAGGCCGGCUUCACGCUAGGGACUGUCCUUUGGACCUGCCGACGGGACGGCUCAACGGGCCCAGCAACUAUGCGACAAUGCGAAUCGCCUGA